AUGGCCGAAUUCACUCCUGUCAACCCAACGGCUUGGUGGCUCUGUCAGCGCUGCAACGUUCAAUUUGACUCAACCAUCCCAUUUACCUAUGUACGCGGUAAAGGUGGUUCUGGUCGUAGAUGCUGUCCUGGUUGUGCACAACACUAUGAGGAGCGCAAAGCUAUAGAAGAGCCACAAAACAGUGGGACAGGGAUGAAUAUUGGUAAGUCAAUUCAUUGUGGAUGCUCGUCACUAUUAGUAAUUCUCUAUGUGGUAGACUUUACAGCUUCAGGUGCAGCAGGCCCUGUGGGGCAGCGUGAGCUUGUUAAGGCAACAUCAGCAGCCCAACGAGGAGGUGCGAACAUGCAGAGGAUAGAUAUAACACAUAUUAAUUUCAACCAAGAUAUGCCGCCUCCUCCUGUUCCAUAUCCACAUGCACGAAACUCAGGUCUUCAAACACUUGGCACUGUAGGCUACACACCCAACCAUGCAGUGCAUCAACUCCAUCGUAACAAGAUGGCUCUUGCUGCAUCUUCAGGGCGUGUACACCAAGUAAUGAUUCACAUUGCUCUUCAUCACCUCAAGCCUGAGGGCAAGUCAGGCACGGAGCUAGUUGGGAUGCAUAAAUCCCCAAAACUAAUUUUAUACAACCCAAGACGACCAUCCGAGGAUGCUCAUGAGCCGAUUCUUCAAGAAUUCUUUGUCCGUUUGACAGCAAAAGAUCCAAUACCCAAGUUUCAUGCAAAUGUCCGUGUCACUAUCCUUCUCAUUAUGUCAUAUACACAGUUUCAAGAUGCGCUGGUCUGGCAAGAGAGAUAUAGUGAUAGGAUCACCAAUGCUACAAACACGAGUAAGGUAGUAUCAGCAUUUACCUUUCAGUCUGUUGCACCCGGGCCAUCAAAGAAACAUACUAAGAAGUUGAUGCACGAGAAUGGAAGCAGUCCUUCACCUCCACGCCCAGCUAAAAAAUCACUACUGACCGCUGAUCUUUUACAGCACUCGCCACAGUCCCCCUCUGUAAAGUCCCUGUCUCUGAUUGUUAAUGAGAUGUCCGAGUCACAGACAGACACUACCCAAGUCAAGUCUACAAGAAACCGCAGCAUUAGCCCUGCCAAGCUGGAAUCCUCGCAUAUUAUAACAUCACAACUCUGCUUGCCCAGCCAAUCCCAGGUGCAGGAAGCGAUGCAAGCACAAGGAAAUAUUCACAAACAAGUGUCUACUAUCAGUGAUACAGAAUAUGUCUCUACAAGCUUUCGUUUCUAUGAUAUUCCUUGUAUCAGCUUCACAGAUCUCAUUGCUAUACCUUUCACCAUCACACAUCGCCAGCAUACCAUCGCCACCCUUGCUAUAGACACUAAUGCAAGGUCAAUGAUUGGCAUGGCAGGAAGUUUCAAAACAUGUCAUCCCGCUAUGGUCUCUGUUACAGGUACUUCCAGCUCGCCCCCACUCUCUAUUCUGUCAGCCACGCAGCUCGUUGCCAAAAGAGUCUUCUUCCGGGAUAACCAAGUGAAAGGGCAGCGCCGGUUUGGAAGAGAGGACGAACUUAGCAAGACACUUGACGAAGUAAACUGCUUGUACUGGGGUGGAUCCUUAGUUGGGAUGGCAUAUACAUUUGUUGACGAGAUGCUGAAGACUGGUAAAGUGAGCCAAGAUGUUGUGGAUCUGAUACCACAUCUUCGUGUUGUUCAUGCUGCACUGGCUAUCCCCAACAAUCCUGAUGACAGCCUCAAUGCUAUCUAUCUUGUUGAGGAGAAGAUCCACGGCAGAUUCGUCAAGUAUAUCAAUAACAAUUCCGCUGUUCCUGCUGAUAGCCUUCAAGGCCGAGAAGUAGUCAUUGGAUUGUUCCUAUGCUUCGUACAGCAUGUCCAAUAUCAGCUUACCAAUUCAAUGGUUUACCUCUCGGAUUUUCAAGGUGCUGGUGAUCUUCUCACCGAUUGUCAAGUGAUUACAGGCUCAUCCACUUACACAAGUUUCAGUGAUUUUGCGAACAAUUUUGGUGAUGGAAACUGCACUACAGCGUUCGACAACUUCAAGUCAGAGCACAAAUGUAACAAGAUUUGUCGUGCAUUUGGAUUGCAAGCCUUCGUGUAACAAAAAAUCCAUUCAUGUACCCUAAGACGUUUACCAUGAAUUACAAAGAGAUGUUUGUCCGCUAUGUUUACUGUUGUACUUUAUCCUCUUCUCUCCGAAUACUGUCCAAAUGGCACACCGGAAUCGUACUUUCGACAGUGCAGUGUAGAGUUGUUCAUGAGCGAAUGAAUCAGUGCAGAAGUUGAAAACGGCUUCUGGCAGAGUAUGUCCCUUCAAAGGUCCAGAGACGGAUAAAAGAGCAAAAUCUGAUACUGAAGCACGCGGCCUGAGUGAGUAGCGGUGGUAUGGAAAUAAUGAUAUCACAAAAUGAGAGAACAAUAUUGUUAACUAGGGUUGAGCACGAGUGGACCCCUGGGUCACUGGAGCCACACCGCACCCGCUACGGUACGGGUGUACACCGACCCGCCAAUUCCAUGGGUAUGAGUGGUGUUUGCG